CCCAGUAUCAAUUCGUACGUUCCCCAUAAUGUCUGCCAUAAUAGUGGAUACGUCGUGGUCGCCGUGUACGGAAGCAAAUCAGUAGAAGCAGGAAUUUAAAGGCUCAGUGCUCUAUGCAAUAGUGAAUGUAGCAAAAGAGAAAAGAAUAUAUAUAUAUAUACAUACAUAUAUCUAAGGAAAUAGAAAAGAAUGUACAAACUGCACCAAAAGUAGCGAAAAGCUUUGAGGAAAUCGUCUUGUUUUUCUACAAAAUUUUGCACAAUUUUUCUCGAAAUGUUCAGAGAAUGUCUAAAAAAAAAUUUAUAAAAAUCGAAAUCGAAAUAUGCUUAAAACGAAAAUCGCCAUAAAGUGCUCGUGUAUAGUGCGGAAAAUAGUGUAAGAAAAGUAAGCCAAAAGAGUGAUUACACAAGGGACCUUCAGUUAAAGCCGAAAAGGAAAGUGUGCCGGUAUAUGUACAAUAAAAGAACUGCAUGAAAGAAAAAAAUUAAUAAAUGUAAAAGUUUAAAAAAUAGUGUGAAUAAAUUUAUAAUACAACAACAAGCUUUAAUUAAGUGAAAUUACAACGCCGAAAACUUGUAUACGUAAAUGUAUUUGUUGUAAUUUGUAGUGAUGCGCUAUUGUGAUAAGAAUUUUCCCCAACCCUAAGCACAAAAAAUAAUUAUAAAAAUAUUCAAAAGCCAUAAAACAGCACAGACGAAAGUAUCACCUACAAUAAAAAGUAAAAAAAGAAAAAUAUAUAUAUAUAUGUAUAUAUUUAAUGUAGCAGUUACUUAUUAGACUUUAACGGUAACUUUUUUUUACUAAUUGGUCAGUCCGUGUAGAAAAAAAAACAAUUUCCAAAUUCCUGUAUCGAAAAGUAGUUUUUGACUUGUGUUCAUUUUUGGAAUUUGCUAAACUUUCGAAUAUGUUUUUUGUGAAAAUUGUGAUUUUGGAGCAACUCCAGUGAGUUAAAAGACCAAAAAACCCACAAAAAAAUAACAGCAGGUGUAAAUGCGACCAUAAAACCACAAUCCAAUCACCAAAAGCAUAAAUGAAUCUCUAAGAAAAAAAUCAUUCUGUCAAAUCUUUUGUGUACAAUAACAAAUACUUCUGUAUGCUGCACUGCCAACUAAUUGCGAAAAAUGAUUUUAAACUCCAAAGAAUUUCCACAAAUCCGUAUAUGUUAAGAGCAAAGCGAAAGUGAGGUCCAUACGUAAAGAAGCUCAAAUCCAAAUCCUCUAAAUUCAAUAAUAGCAACAACUGCAAAGCGUGUACCGAACAAUGGGUGUGACGGUGAUGCACAAUAAAAUACGUAAAAAUUCCUUUUUAUUACCAGAAACAAUAUCGAACAGUCAAAUGCGUUUAAUAGUUGUAGAAAUGCAUUAAUUUAACCUGAGAAUUUAAAUAAAUGAACUGUGAUUAUGAGUUCCACAAAAUCGCAAGUAGCAGUCGCUACAAAUAUUCCAAGUCUAUCAUCAUCAUCACAAACUCAAAAAGAGUACAGCACUGAAGAGUCUCUGGGUCGACAAAAUAGUUUUGGCAAUAAUCGCAGAGGUAACAUGAAAGGCAAGCAUUUGACGCGCAGCCACGCCAUGCGUGAGGCCACAUCGCCGCCGCGCACUCCGACACCUCGUGCCGAGCACGGACAGGUGUCACCGAAUGGUCAAUCGUCUAACAAUUACCAGCAACAGCAUCAUCAUCAGGCGCAGCAGCAACAGCAACAGCAUAUGGAUGGCAAUGAGAAUACACACAAUAAUAAUAGCAAUAGCAGCAAUAAUAAUAAUAACAACAACAGCAACAGCAACAAAUUGCAUGCACAAUCAAAUGCGGCGCGUGGCAAUUCACCGAUAAUCGAAGCGCCUGCCGUCAUAGUGACCAGCCAACAUAGCCAGCAACAACAGCAGCUCCAUCAGCAGCAACAACAACCGAACGUUGCGCUGUGCAAUGAAGCUGAGUUCCCCAAACUGACACCACCGAAAUCGACUAAAGGUGCUGGUGGCGGGGGAGGCAUCGCUGCUGGCGGCGGCCAAAGAAACAGCAAUAAUAAUAACAACAACAAUAGCAAUAAUAGCAACGGUGUAACCGAUGGCAACAACAAACUGGAAUAUAACAACAACAAUGGCAGAAAAAUUGCAAACAGCAACGCUAACGGCGGCGGCGGCGGCAGUACGUCCAGCCAAUAUGAUUCGGCCAAAAGCGCGGCCACAAACAAUAACAACAACAGCAACAACAAACAUCAGCAAUACAAUGCAAGCAACGCACUGCAUCAGGCGUUGAGCGUAGGCGAGAGCGCGGGGCGUGGCGGUGGCAGUGGUGGUGGCGGUGUUGUUAGCACAACGCUACACAAUUCCGGCAUGAACUAUCAGCUAAACGCCAACGAUAGUCAGCAGCAGUCGCAUCACCAGAUCGCCUACGACAAGGAGAAUCGCUGCCCACGCAAUGAUAGCCAGAAUAGCAGCAUAUCGAAUAUGCAUGAUGAUGAUCAACAACAACAACAGCAACAGCAGCAGCAGCAUUAUGAGCGACAGGGCGGCGGCAGCGGUGGAGGCGGCGGUGGCGGCAAGAAACACCGCACCAAUUCCAAUUCAAAAGGCAAUAAGCCGCGUUUGAAGAAUAUUGGUGGCUCCUCAUCGGGCAGCGUUGACGGCGGCAAUUCGAUUAGCAACAAUACAUCGGGAUUCAUAUCAAGAGUUUUCAACAACUCAGAGAACUCGAGCGAGCAAUUCACAGAUCAUGGUGGUACCGAUUUGUUCAGUUUCUUCAAAGAGACGCUCAAUAAGCAUCCAAAGGAUCGACAUUUUCUGCUCAAAGUGGAAAAAGACCUAACGGAAUUCGUGUUGGAAAAAAGUCGCGGUGAGUUGCGCUUCCCACCGGCUUCAUCGUACAACCGCAUGUUGAUACAUCGCACAGCGGCCUUCUUCGGCAUGGAACACAAUGUCGACACCGAAACGCAACAGUGCGUUAUUGUGGCAGCAACCAAAAACACGCGCAUACCAGAGAUACGCUUCAAGUCGCUGGUGCGCGAUCAUCGCGACGACACACGCAAAUCCAUACUGAAACGCGAUACGCACAGUUUCGAUGAGGCGCGUCAAAGCAGCUACUUAUGUCCCGAUCGCGGCAGCAUGCUCGACCGCAAAGCAAAGAGCUUUGAGGAGCGUGAGGAGGAUUAUGAGCGCGCGCGCAGUCGCAUUUUCAAUCGUAGUCAAAAUGACAGCGGCGAGGCCAUGGAUGAUGGCUACAUGAAUGUCAGCUGGACGCAAUCAGUGGAACAACAACAACAACAGCAGCAGCAGCAGCAACCACAACAUCGUCCACGUCCCAAUGGCAAGAUGAUGAAGAUGCAAAAUUCAAACGAACCACGUGAUGGUCGUGCCGGUGGCGGCGCAGUUCCCAAAUCACACAACUACAAUAAUUAUGGCGGUGGUUCGUCUCAAAGCGGUGGACCGCCUAUGAUGCGCGGCGACUCAGCAAACUCGGGAAAAAAUGGCGGUGGUGGCGCGCGUUCCUUCUCCAAACAGGAUUCGGCUGGCAGUACAAAUACGCCAUGGCGUCUGUCACCAUCCAGCAGCGGUUAUAAAACUCAAACACAAUCGUUGUAUUCCGAUUCGGUAACACCUUCACCAAAUGGUUAUUGUAGUGAGGAUCAAGCCACGGAGCCGUACAUAUUAACAACGGACAGAAUGACAGUGUGUCAUCUGCAAUCGCCAGUUCACCAUAUACCGCCACAUCUGCAUCUACAACCGACGUUAUUAUGCGGUGCUGGCGUUAUGACGCCGCAUUGCGCUGACGCUGCGUUGACACCAACGCCGACGCCAUCAAUGGAAGACGGCGUGCCGCUGCCCGGUCAUGGUCUGGUGUGGGCCGUAACCGACAUUACGAGUGUGCCCAAGGGCAGCGUGCUAAUCAAUCCGCAAACAUUGCAACCUUUUGUUAACCAAGACGGUUCAAUUUAUCACUUUGACCCGUCCAAUCUGCCACCCAACCAACAGGCCACAUACCAUCCAAAUCAGGGUAAUAACACCGCCAACUAUGCACAACAACAAUCGCCGCAACAGUUGCCACAACAACAACAACAACAAGUGCAGGAUAGCACUACAAAGAAGAAUAAAAGCACACAACAAAUGUCCACACCAUCACCAGCAGAAUCGCCAGCAGCUACGCCAACGCCACAAACGCAGACGCAUUGCAAGAGCGUUGCCUGCAAUGAAAACGCUGCCACCAUACCAUUAGCCGAGUCUGUGGCUGAAUCCUCCACACAAACGGUGGCCAUGUGCGGCGAUGUCAACUGCGACGACAUGGGCUUGGAAAUGGCGAUCAACGCCACCGAAGAAGCAUCCACUCAAUCGGGUGCUGAUGAAUGUGACAACACUUCGACCACGGGUUGUUUGAGCAUCACCACCACAACUUCCACCAAAAGUUAUGACCGAAUUGAAGUGCAAAAGUUCAAAAACCAAGCCACGAGCCCGAAUAUACCAGCGGAAAAGGAUGAGCUGCCGAAGCGUGAGAAUACAACCACUUUGGAUGCGCCAAGUGUGCGUGAACAGCAGCCGGUAACGGUAACACAGCCACCAGCACAACCACCACCACCCAGUCAAACGCCAACGAGUAGCGUAAACGUGCAGUUACACCGUGAGACGCCACAUUCUGCGCGCUCAACUCCCUUCAGUAACAGCGAGUCGACACAUGCGAAAAAUCGCGCUUCCGAAGAACCUAAACCCACAACGUGGACAUACACGCAAAGCUACCAGGCACCCGAUGGUUCCACAGUCUUUCACACCACCACCACACCAAGUGGUACGCCGUACUGCACCACGACAUAUCAGCAAGGGCCUGAUGGUAGCGUUUAUGCCAUUCCACAAGGCAUGGUCUAUGCCUAUCCACCGCCAGUUGUAAGCCACGCCCCACAGAAACAGUUGAAAUGUCAAUUCAAUUCGUUGUCUGUUUUACAGGAGGGCGAAGUGCAGAGCUAUUUUAUGCCUGUAUUUGAUCCAAAUCAACCGCGCACCGAUGCCACCGGUCUUAUACCAGCUGGAGCACAGGCCAUAUAUCAGCCUGCACCCGCAGCAGGCAGUACAGCUACAAUGGUACCCGUCGCAGCCGCCUAUCCGACCGCACAAUUCGCCACGGCCAACGGUACGCCUAUCUACCCAGGUCAAUUGAUAUAUUCAAGUGAUCAAUUUGUAACGGGCGCAGCAACAGUCGCUGCCGCAGCACCGGCGAAUGGUCAACUGCAACAGAUACCGAUGACCACCUAUCCAAUCGGACAUCCAUAUGGCUAUAAUAGCUACUGGGGUCAACCGAUGACAUACUACGUGCCACAGCAAGCGCUUACGAACGCUGUCGCAGCAACGCCACUCCUACCAGCACCGCCACAGCCACAACCCCCUACAACAGCAACCGCCCAACCCGUGGCCGGACCACACAUCACUAGCGGUAUCAACAUCGCUAAUGGCCUUGUAGCAGCUACGGCGGCGGCUGGACCGUCGUCGAACAACACCGUUGGGGCUUUAGGCAGUGGCAAUGUUGGCGUUAGUGGCCAUCACGUUGUUAACACCACGGCAGCCACGAACAGCUAUCAAACACACAGCGGUACAACGUAUUUCGGUACGGGGCGUGUAAAGCGGCCGACAUCUUCGCAUUACACUAAUCAUCAGAGCAGCGGUCAUCAGCUGGUAACGGCAGCCAUCCCAAGCAACGGCAGUGCAACUACCACAUAUCAAUUGGGACACGCAGUCCCCACACUCACGCUGGCGCCGGCACCAGGUAGUGCAGCAGCCGCAGCGGCAGCUGCAGCAGCAGCAGUAGCUGUGAAUACAACAACCGAUCUCAACGUUGGCAAUGGAGCGGCUCCAGCCACAGCCAUGUAUACGCUGCCUCAACAUGCGGCCCUACUGCAUGCGAACAUCUUUCCCUAUGCGCCUGCCACUGCUGCGGCCGCUGGCACACCACCAGUGCACGCACCUGGCGCCCCACCAACGGUUGCGCCACAAAUAGCUGCGGCCGGCAUGGCUGGCGCUGCAGCUCAUGCACAACAAACAAAUGCUGUGAUCACACCAUUCUAUGCUCAUCACCCGCCCAUUACAGCUGCCGCACAUCCCACACACGGCAGCUCCACCGUACACACGCCUGGACCAGCUGCCAUACCGAUUGUCGACCCCAGCACACUGACGGCCAUCUCGCAUCCAACACCAACCGGUGCAAACAGUUCAAACAAUGUGACGCCCGCCUACAGCGGCGGUGGUAGCGCUUCACAGUCAGCGCCCAGCACGCCACACUCUGUACCUACUCAAACCGCACAGCGCAAUCCGCCACUCUUCUCCACACCGCCCAUCAUGAACUCAAAUGGCGGCAACAACAAUGGUGGCUACAGUGGCAGUUCCACACCGCAAUACUAUACUGUCAGCGGCGGUGCAGAUGGUGGCGCAACGCUUAUAAGCAGUCCACAUGGCCACUCGUACGUGCAACACGAAAAGCGCAACAACAAUUCGAAUAUGAGUGGCAGCAAAAAACCGCCAGCGUAUCCAAGCAAUUCAUUGAGUCGUCAGAGCUCAACGUCCUACAAUGGCACCGCAAAUGGCAAACCACCUUUAUUGGGCGGCAAUAACGAUACGCGUGCCUCACCGAAUAGUGGCUACCAAGGCUCGCGUCCACAUGGCAUGAAUAAACGCGGUGGCGGCGGUGAUAAGCCACAAACGCCAUUGCUCAGCGGUCCACCCAGUUACGGCAGCGGACCGAGCAUGUCUGCCGUAAACAGCAACAACAGCGGAUACCACGUACACCACAGCAACUCACCAUCUGAUGCCAAGCCACCAAUUCGCUUGAAUGCCGGCGCAGCCACAUUCCGUCAGAAGGGCAGCGGUGGUGGUGUCGCCUUUGAAUACAGGCGCAGCGCUUCACAACGCAAUUCACCAGGCACUGGCAACUCCAGCAGCAACGACAAUAGCAACAAUACAUCGCCGAAUAGUAUAGUCGGUUCAAGUGGCGGUGGUGGUGCUAACACGCCCAAUUGCUAUGCCGCCCCAGCAACAAGCGGCUACAUAAACGCUGGCAUCGGCAUAGCCAGCGGCGGUAUGGUCGGUGGUGGUGAUCAUCAGACAGUUGCGACUGCUACUGGCACACCACUGUACAUUACACCAGCGCGUGGCGCACACAUUCCACCACAACUGCAACACGGCGGUAUGGUGGCGGCCGCCGCUGCUGCUGGCGGCACGGCAGCCGGUCUCGCGGGCACUCAACAAGCCACCACAGCAGCGGUGUUAGGUGGUGCUGCUGCGGCGGAGGUGGCGAAUGCGGCUGCUGCCGCCGUGGCGGCGACCGUCGCGCAUCACCAGCCGUUAUUGAGCGCUUAUCAACCAGGUGCAUCGGGUGUCUACAUAAAAUACGGCCAAACGUAUUAUGCACAUCCCUCAGUUGCCCUACCGAAUAGUCGUCGAUCGCCCUCGACCGAGUUGCGGCCUGCAAUGGCGCCCGUAGCUGGCAUGUAUCCAACCAUGAUGAUACCAGCUGCUCCACGGCACACGCAAGGACGUCAUCCGAAUCCAAACUACAAAGGCAACCGGCCACGCUAGACACAGCGCUGAAGGCAAGAAACUGUCACAACAACAGAAAAAAAGCAGAAAAUCAGUGCAAGCAUGGUGGCCAACGCUGCAAGCUGCUGAACUGGAGGGAUAUAUGAAAACGAUGACGCUAUACCAAAACCUAAAAAUAAGUUUAAGCUAAAAAAAAAGUACCCUAACCUAGUAAAACAUAUGCGUAGAUAAACAAUAAUUUAAACAUAAAUGAGCAUAUUAGUGAAAAACAAAGACAUAAAACAAAGUAAUAUACAUACAGUAGCAGCAAUUAUGAAAGGGAAUAGGAAACUAAAAAUCGGCAAUUCAUGACUACACAUACAACAACAAAAUGAAAGAUAGCUGCAAUAAAACAUAAAAGCGAAAUUUUGAAAAAUAUUUUCCGGGCCAUUUUACAAAAAGCAAACAAAACAAAAUCGAAAACAAUCACAUACACAAUUUUGGCAUACAUAUACAAAGAGGAAAUUUUCGAAAAGUAACACAAAAAGACAAACUUCAAUAACAAAUAGCCAAUUCAAAAGCAUUGCAUCAUACAAACUAAGAAUCUUCCACAAGCAUAACGGUAAAGAAUUCGAAAUGGAGUACAUCGUAUACUGAAAUAUGUCGUGCCAUUGCUGAAAGAUGCAAAAAAUAUAUUAAAAAAUACAUACAUACAUACAUAGAUAAAAGGAAAAACGAUUACAAAGUAAAAACACGAAAUCAUAGCUAAAAACAAAAACAAAAAAAGAAAAUGAAAAUGACACACAUAAAAAGAGACUGACUUAAGUUGCAAAUUGGCAGCGCGCGUUCUUUCGGUCUUUCGAGGGGAGUGUGUGUAGGGUGAAUUUAAGCGUGAAGAACUUCAAAUUUGCACAUAUGAUUUUCAAAACAAAAAAAAAAUAUAUAAUUAUUUUUUCAUGUCCAAACUCUGUUUCGUUAUAUUAUUUUUAUUUUUGCUAUAUUUUAUAUCUUGUAAAUGGAUUAAUAUUAAUUUUUUUUGUUUUUUUUUUUGAUUUCGUUAAAUUCGAAAGUAAAAUUUAACUUUGCUCACAGCAUGUCCUUAAAAAGUAAACAAAAAUCCCUUAAAAAUUACUUGAAUUUUAAGUUUUUGAAAUAAUACUAAUCGCAGAUUUCCCAAACGCAUCCAAUACACGAAGGCAACCGAGUGUGCAUGCACUGUAAACGACGCCAAUACAACUGCAGCAGUCAGUCAAACAGUCAGUGUCUUUUUAAACAAUAUAUAUUCAUUUAUAUAUACACGAUAAAGUAAUAAUAAUUUUAUAGUAUGUAAACAAUUUUACUAUACAUAAUAAUAAUCCUAAAGGUAGAAUUAUAUAAAAGAAGAAGCAGUGUAAACACCUAGUAAAUAAUGAAAGACGAAAACGUGUACUAAAUUAAACUUAAAACGAAGCAAAAAACUGUAAUUCAUAAAUCUGCAUUCAUAGCAUAUAUGUAUGUACAUAAAUCGGCUGACUAUUACUACUAUUACUACACACACACACACCACAAACAAAAUUCACAAUUUUCUACGACACACUCAAACAAAUCAAAAUCGAAACCUUCUAUUAAAAACCAUUGAAUUAAAUUUGCAAAAUAUUAAAAUCAAUACUUCACCACAACUACAGCGCAGUACAGGGUGCGUGCAUAGCCUGUACAAGUAGUGCGUGGGCGUUGUCUGUAACGGUUUGUAAGUUGUACGAAAGCUUUAAUAAAUGUACAGUAAACGCGUUGAGAACAAUAAAUUCGAUUCAAAACAAAAUUACUAGCUUAUAGAUUGUUUUCUAACUAAAAAUAUAUUAUUAUUAAGAAUUUUACACAUCUGGCAAAUGGGAAACGAAAAAAACGUAAACUUUGAAAGUUAUAUUUAUUAAAUUAAAAAAAAAAAUGUAUGCAAAUUCUAAAAAUGUUUCAUAGUUUCGAAAACAAAAAUUGGUAUACUAUAUUUAGAAUAACUGCCGCCCGCAUGGGUAACGUCUGCCAAAUUUUAAACGCCCGAAAGUGCGCUGCGGAUGUGGAAACAAUUGUUUUUUGUUUUGCUUUAUUGUUUU